AGAAUUUGAAGAAGAACUUCAACCUGGAAUUGCAAGACAUGGAAUACAGCCCUCUUACUUUAAAGAGCUUCAGAUCGAUGACGCUAUACCUCAUGGAGUCUAUGAAAGCAUGAUGAAUACAAUUGGAACAGCAAUAGGGUUCUUUGGUGCAUUUCCAUGUAUUGUUUGCCUGCCAAAUCCCUACCGACGUGUCGGUCAAGGCUCGGUUGGACUUGUAACUCGAUUCGGAAAGUUCUAUAAAUGUGUGGAUCCCGGGCUUGUAAAAGUUAACCCUGUCACAGAAUCUAUCAGAAAAGUUGAUAUUACUGUACAAAUCACAGAGAUACCAAAGCAAGAAGUCAUUACAAGAGAUAAUGUCAGCAUUAUUAUUGAAUCCGUGCUCUAUUGGAUAGUUAUUGAUCCAUAUGAGACUGUGUUCGGUGUAGCCAAUGUCAAGAUUGCCUUGAUAGAAAGAGCGUUGACAAGUCUUAGAGAUGUGUGUGGAAGUCACUACCUCCAAGAUCUUAUUGAAAAUCGUGACAUGAUUUCAAGAAAGCUUCAGGAAAUCAUUGAUCCUAUUGCCAAUGCGUGGGGUGUAAAGAUUGAGGCAACAUUGAUAAAGGAUAUUACAUUUUCUCCCCAACUUCAAGAAGCGCUGUCGUCUGCUGCUCAAGCAAAACGUCUCGGAGAGUCUCGUGUGAUCGCUUCUAGGGCCGAAGUAGAAGCAGCAAAGCUGAUGAGAGAUGCGGCUGAUAUGCUUAACACACGGCCUGCUAUGCAAAUGAGAUACCUUGAGACUCUUACGUCCAUGAGCCGUAAUGGACAAGGACCCAAGACAAUAUUUAUGCCGUUGCCUUCAAGCACAGGGGAAAACUCAAAUUCUAUUGGAAUCUAAUAAAAGGAAAAAAAAAACACUGCCAUCAAAGCAGAGCUGUG